AUGUCUUCCUUCUUCCCCGCCUUCUGGGCCCCUUCACCUCCUCCGUCGCCGAUCGCGAAGGUACUAUCCGACGAUUACCUUCUCUCGCUCGUGCUGCGCUCGCUAACGCGCGACUCAUUCCAUUACGCGCUGGUCUCCAAGCGAUGGUACGCCAUAGCGCGCCACUCGCUCGCGCACCUCGCAAUCAAAUCCAGGAUCCAAUUCUCUGAUCUCCCAGACACGAUUCGCAGAUUUUCCUCGCUCACGCACAUCGAGCUUAAAGAGUAUCGCCUUAUGGAUGCGAGAGGCGAUGCUCUCUUUCAAUGUCUGGGCGCCACGUGUCCGCAAUUGACGCAUCUGACCGUAGGCUUCCAGCUUCUCAUCAUGCACGUCACUUGCAACGGCCUCUCGUCUCUCUUCCAUGGCUGUCGCAAGCUCCGCGACCUCCGCCUGCUCACCCUCAACCUGCUCCCGCACCUCCCGCCCGCCGUCUCUCUCCUCUCCGACCUCACAACCCUCCAUCUCUGCCGCGCCGUCGAUAAAGACGAGGAUCGAUUCGAGCAACUCGUCCUGCCGCCUGAAAGCAUCGGCGCGCUGCAGCAGCUGCAGGAACUCCGCGUUGAAACGGGAUCGGCGUUCCAAGGUCUCCCGGAUUCCAUCAGCAGCCUCACGAAUCUCCGACGCUUGAAGCUCAUCCAUCCCUCUCUCGUUCACCUCAAUCCUUCGAUUGGUUACUUACCGCAAUUGCAAGACCUAGAUAUCGACAUGGAAAUGUUGGAGUCGAUUCCGGAUUCCUUUCAGCAUCUCACCAGCCUUCUUUCCUUCUCGCUGCUGUCCUUUGGAUUGAAGCGCCUUCCAGAGCAUGUGAUGGGGGCCAUGACGCGAUUGGAGAAGCUUUUGCUCCGCUGGCUGUCCCUCCACAACCUGCCCGACACCAUCUGCUUCCUCCCCCUCUCCUCCCUCUACAUCCGUAGAUGCAAUCUACUCACCUCCCUUCCUGAUAACCUUGGAGCUCUGAUACAGCUUCAAACUCUAACGCUCUUCAGUCUGCCCGAACUCUGCUGUCUGCCCGAGAGCGUGGGAGAUCUAAAGCAAUUGAGAUCGUUGGAACUCAAUCAUGUGGGUCUGCUGCAGCUGCCAGAAACCAUCGGCUCCCUCCCCAUCUCCUACCUCUCCAUCCACUCAUGCGCUGCACUCACCUCCCUUCCUAAUAACCUUGGAACCCUGGUACAGUUGGAAACCCUAAAGCUUCACUGGCUGCCCAACCUCUGUGCUCUGCCCGAGAGUGUGGGCACUUUACAGCGGCUGAAAACGUUGAGAAUCGAGCAGGUGGGACUGCUGGAGCUGCCCGAAAGCCUGUGCACGGGGAGCGUGAGGCACAGCCUGAUGCGGCUUCACCUGUGCGGCUGCAGGGAACUGAGACGGCUGCCCCCCCAGCUGGCCAUGCUGACGCGCCUGGAGGAGCUCGAUAUGGCCGCCUGCACUCGCCUCCAGUCCCUAGAGCCUCUCUUUGCUCCGCAUCCCGCAUUAGCCCUCACCUGCUCCCUUGCUUCUGGUCUCUCCAUUGAUCCUGCCGCUUCUCCUGACCUUGUGCAUAGUCCUCCUCUUGACCCUGCUCCUGCUUCUGCCACUAUCGCCUCUCUCCCUGAUUCUUUCUCCACGCUCUCUGCCCUCUCUUCCCUCACCAUCACCCUCAUGCACGGCCUCUCCAACCUGCCACAAUCCCUCGGACGACUGCAAAACCUCAGAUUCCUGAAGCUCGAAUACAUGGAUAAGUUAUCUGUGCUGCCCAAGUCACUCGGGCAGCUGAAAAACCUUGAAACGCUGGAGCUGUGCUAUUUGCCAGAGCUGAACUCUCUGCCCGGGUCAAUCCGUUGGCUGCCCAAGCUGAAAGAGCCCUUGCUGGUCGCCGUGGGGAGGGUGACUGAGUGGUGGUGGAUUGACGACAUCCCAUAUGUUAGGUCCGCCAGAAUGCGCCUCAUGCUUCACUGA